CUUCACUUUGGCUUCUCUGACAUGGCAUGUUCUCCCCUUGAUUCCCCAAGACGAACCAAGUAAUCAAACGGUCCUCACAUCCUCUUGAGCCAUUGUUGCACUUGAGCUAGACAGCCUUACUGCGCCCACAUGACUUUCCAACGCCGUUCGCCAAUUACACACCAGAGGUAACUUUAUCGAAUCCCUCGUGCUCAACCAAAAGCCAGUCGCAGUUUCACGGAAAAAGUUAGAUACAUCGUAACUCAGUUGGGGGCCAAGUACGAUCCCCUGUUGCUUGUAGGAAUGGCUACCUAUAUAAACACUUGAGGUUCUCUUCACAUCAUGGAUUUGCGAUCCACUGUCGGUUCAGCUGUGCGAGGAGUUAUCCUACUAUACUUCACCUUCCAGUCCUACUUCCACCAGUUUCAGUCGCGACACAACCCUAUAUCCCCACCGCCAUCUCCCCAUUCAUCUGAGGAUUACCGAUCAAUCGCAAAUAUGACUGGUGGAUACAAAACCGUCGGUUACUUUACCAACUGGGGCAUCUAUGGUCGUAAUUUCCAGCCUCAAAAUAUCCCGACUCAGCAUAUCACCCAUAUUCUCUAUUCUUUCGCCAACGUCAGACCAGAGAGUGGUGAGGUUUAUCUGAGUGAUACAUACUCGGACCUCGAGAAGCACUAUCCCUCCGACUCGUGGAAUGACGUUGGCGUCAACGUCUAUGGCUGCAUGAAGCAGCUCAUGCUGCUCAAGAAGCACAACCGCCAUAUGAAGACCCUCCUCUCAAUCGGAGGAUGGACCUACUCGGCGCACUUUGCCAAUCCGGCGUCCACGCAGCAGGGACGGUGCACUUUCGCCAGCACCGCCGUAGCGCUGAUGAAGGAUCUCGGAUUCGAUGGCAUCGACAUAGACUGGGAAUACCCACAGGACGCCACGCAGGCGCAGAACUAUGUUCUCCUGCUCGAAGAGACCCGGCGCCAAAUCGACGCCUACUCCGCGCAGCACAAUGGGUGCAAGCGCAUGCUUCUCACCGUCGCCGUCCCCGCCGGCCCGGUUAACUACCAGAAGCUGCAAAUGGCAGCUAUGGACCGGUACCUUGACUUUUGGAACCUCAUGGCGUACGAUUUCGCCGGCGCCUGGGACGCCACCUCUGGCCACCAGGCCAACAUAUAUUCCUCGAGCACGGACCCGUGCUGCACGCCCUUCUCCGCCGACGCCGCGGUAAAGGCAUACAUCGCGGGCGGCGUCUCGCCGCACAAAAUCAUCCUCGGCAUGCCGCUGUACGGGCGGGCCUUCGAGAACACGGACGGCCCCGGCAAAUCGUACGCCGGCUGCGGCGAGGGCUCGUGGGAAAACGGCAUCUGGGACUACAAGGUGCUCCCGCACGCCGGCGCCGCCGAGUGCGACGAUGACCAGCUCCUCGCAUCGUACACGUACAACCCGUCGACGAGGAAGAUGGUGUCCUACGACACCCCGCGCAUGGCGGCCCGCAAGACUCAGUACUUGCUGAAUAACCACCUCGGCGGCGCAAUGUGGUGGGAGCUCUCCGGUGAUCGCCAUGUCUCCGAUCCAAAGAGUUUGAUCGCUACCACGGUCAAUAAGAUGGGCGGCUGUAACGCGCUGGACCGUGAGGAGAAUACGAUAUGCUAUCCGGAUAGCAAGUAUGAGAACAUGCGCGCGGGAUUUCCCGGCGAGUAGAAAGUAGG